UACGUCCACCAGCAUUUCUAGCGAGCUAUUUUAACCAAAUUUAGCCAAAAAGACCACAAGCAACGGUCGAUAUGUUAGCGUUGUAAUUAAAAAAUAUUGGUCCUCUCAUCAAAACAGCCCAAAAGAUGACGAAUGAAAGAAUUAUUCAGUUGACACGAUACCAUUGUCCGUUGCAAAGGACAUUGCUUAAAAAUUGAGUUUUGCGGACAAUAAAUAUUGUGGGAUGUUGGUUUUACCCAAGACAAAUUUAAAUGCAAUAAACUGCAACUUUAUUUUUCUGGUUAACAAGGGCAUUCUGAUGUUUACGAUUUAAUUUGAGCAGUUCCACUUCUGUCCUGAUGAGGGCGGUACGUUUCAAUGAGGCUCUUUUCGCUAACAUUCAAAGACGAGAGAAGAACUGCGUCCACUAGCAUUUGUAGCUAGCUGUUUCUCUCGGUAGGUCUUUGUGCAGCCAAAAUUAGCCAGUCAUCGAGCCCGAUUCGGCAAGGAAAAUACCAGUUUUGGAAAGAGACCAUAAGAGACAGAGGUUUCCCCAGGUAUUACAUCCUUUAGCGUGAUACUCACCUGGUCGAGCAACACCAAAGCACCACUGGCCACUCUGUGACCCAAGUGAAUAAUGUGCUGCAGCUGAAGAUGGGUGGUAGCGGCUCCAAAUCCAAAGGAUUUUGGCCUUUUUCUGGCUCAGGCGGAAGUGGCGACGACCAAGCCAAAGAUGCAAACGAGCAGUCGCUGGCGAGAGCGCGAAGCUUCCCGGGUGCAACGCCUUUUGUGUUUACCCGACGAAGCUCUUUAUAUUUGGAUGAAGAUGGCGACCUGGCCCACGAGUUCUAUGAAGAGACCAUUGUGACAAAAAAUGGGCGUAAGAAAGCCAAGCUGAGGAGGAUUCAGAAAAACUUGACACCUCAGGGAAUUAUAAAGCUGGACCACCCUUGCAUCCACGUAGAUUUCCCCGUCGUCCUCUGCGAAGCCUGACGACGUCCGAGCAGCGUUCUCAGGACGAACACGCCACGUCAAGCUCCGUCCCGCGGUUAAAAACCCUGCAAAGCUGGAGACCAGACACUUUCAAAUAACACAUCUCUUGAUAUAUAUCAACAUGAAGAACACCUGUGGUCAGGAGGAUGUCGUGUGAGCUGAGCAUGUGAUCUGUUGUUAGCGGCUUGUCAGCUUGGCAGUCAGGACACAUCAUAGAUCACCAACAGAGGAUGUAGGAUGGGCGUCAAGUUGGGUGAACAUGACAUUCAGUUUACAUGGUGUGCGUGUGUGUGUGUGUGUGUGUGUGUGCGUGCGUGCGUGCGUGCGUGCGUGCGUGCGUGCGUGCGUGCGUGCGUGCGUGCGUGCGUGCGUGCGUGCGUGCAUGUAAGUGUGCCGUUGCAGACUCCUGAAUUGAUUGCUGCAGUUUAUUUUCAGGUAGGAUUCACUGAGCUCACUAAGAGAAGGGUUUGGUACCUAGAGAAGGAACGUUUAGAUGCACACUUAAAGGAAAGGUGUACUUUUUUGGGGGGGGAAUUUUGCCCAUCAUCCACAAUCCUUAUGUGAAACAUGAACACACAUCUUUCUCUUUUCUGUGCGUUCUAAAGAUAUAAAGCAGAUUAAAAGAGGCAGCUAAGAAUGCACGUAAUGGGACGCACGUAUUCUGCCUAUAAAGCCUUCUGAAAAAACCUCCAAAAAGCGCCAACAACGCUCCACUUCCAUAAUGUGACCUGCAUAUUAACCAAGCAACAGCGACAUUGUUAGCCCAAGAACUACAUUACUGGCACAGUGACACCUCGCCACACCACACCGGAUAGCUACUACAACUAGCUUCACCACGCACUCGCUCACAAUGCCUCAGGCCACUAGCGAAAGGUAACGCUACAUAUUGGAGCUUCUGCCACGGCUGCUGUGUUUUUGUUUUUUGAGUUGGGAAAGUUAACGCUAGGUGUAACAUUCCUUUCUAUGUUGCUAUGUGAAAUCAGUGCACCCAGGAAGGAAGCUACGCUAAUGCUUCUAAUGCUCACAGCAUGGAUAUAAAACCAUAAAACCUUGUUGGAACUUUUUGGAGGUGUUUUAAUAGCGGCCUUUCUAAGUGAAAUAGAUGUGUCCCAUUACGUACAUUAACUACUUGCCUCUUUUUACCCGUUUUUAUAUCUUUAGAACACACAGAAAAGAGAAAGACGUUCAUGUCUCACAUAAGGAUUGCGGAUGAUGGGCAAAAUUCCCAAAAAUUGCACUUUUCCUUUCAGCAUUUUUUUUCUUCCUUUUACUUUGUUAUGCAUGGAAAAGGAUCAGAUGAUUGCCAAUAAUAACAAGAAGAAUUGACAAUCAGUGGCCCUCAAAUUAAAUGGAAUUGCUUCAAUGAGUUUGGCGUGCUGUCACACAGUUACAACAGCGGUAGAGGCGUCUGCAGUGAGACGCUAGUGUUUUCUUUGCUGCUGCUUCUGCUUAUCAUAUUUCACAUGUAAUUUAUUAUAACUGUUUUUUAAUAAUUACACGUUAAAAUGC